GCUAGAGGGCGACACAUCCCAGCUUCAGAAUGAAGUGGAGGAGGCUGUGCAGGAGUGUAGAAAUGCUGAGGAAAAGGCCAAGAAGGCCAUUACUGAUGCUGCCAUGAUGGCAGAAGAGCUGAAGAAGGAGCAGGACACCAGUGCUCACCUGGAGCGCAUGAAAAAGAACAUGGAGCAGACCAUCAAGGACCUGCAGCACCGCCUGGAUGAAGCUGAACAAAUCGCCAUGAAGGGGGGCAAGAAGCAGAUCCAGAAGCUGGAAGCCAGAGUAAGGAGCUAGAGAGAAGUGGAAAUGGAGUAAAGGAGGGGCAGUGAUUCUGUGAAAGGAGUCCGUAAAUAUGAGAGACGCAUCAAGGAGCUCACUGUGCAGACUGAGGAAGACUGUAAGAAACUGAGCUGCCUGCAGGACCUGGUGGACAAACUGCAGCUGAAGGUCAAAUCCUACAAGAGAACUGCAGAGGAGGCUGAGGAACAAGCCAAUGACAAUUUGGGCAAGUUCCGUAAGAUUCAGCAUGAACUGGAUGAGCCAGAAGAGAGGGCUGAUAUUGCUGAGUCUCAGGUCAAUAAGAUGAGAGCCAGGAGUCUUGAUUCUGCCUCCAAGAAAGGAAAGGAUGAGGAGUGAGUCCAAGAGUUGUGAUGCCAGCUCCCAGGCUCUGUUAUCUCAGGUCGUAAAUUCCUGAGGAGACUCUCUUCCCCCCUGGCCAUGCGGUAUAGAGAGAGGGUUCACAGUAGAACAAAGGAACUUCUUCUACCUCACAGAACUUGAGAACUGAACAAUAUCCAUGUUGAGAAUGUGUAUAUGGUCGGUGGAGAAUCCAGCUACGACCGGUCCAUUUUGUCUAAUGUUUGUGACCUCAUGAGAGACAAUACAGCUACAUUACCAUAAUUAUGUUUAUACAAGAGUCUCCGUUAUGAGAUUUGCAUCUAAUUAUUGUAUAAAAUGAAUGAGUAAAGAUGAAACAAUUUGUGAAAUUUUGUAAUGUGAUUUUAAACUGUUUAAUGACAGAGAAUCCAAUUCCCUUUAAAGUUAACUAAGUCAUUGGCCCGCCCCAUGAGCACAGAUAUUGAUCUGACGUCAUGGGACAGCCUUUUCUGCAUUUCCGAAUAAAAAACCCAAAUUCCCUUGAGACCAAGCGUACCUCGAUUACCGAGAGGGCUAAGGUUUGAGUAGAGACCAUGCAUUCCUCGGUUAAUGAAUUCCUAAACAAACCACGUGGUUACACUGGCUACACUGGUGGAAAUGGUUAAACUCAGACUAUCGAUACUGACAAAAUAAGAGAAAAUCUUCGAUACUAAUUACUACUCUGCAGCUAGAAUUUAUGUCGACUGAAUGCGAAGACCGACAACCGCCGGAACAUCUAUUCUAUAAGAACAUUUCUGAAUGGGACUAUGAAGUAUCCAUUCACGAAAGACUCCAGGGACACAAAGAGAAGUUCAGAUGAACUUUCCAACAUAAAGACGGACGAUUCCAACAGAGAUCACGAAGACACACUGAGCCUAAAUAUAUAUAUUGAUUGCAAAUAUUCCCGAAUGAGUUUUUUCAUGUGCAAAGUAUUAGUAUUUCUAUCAAUAUGAUUAUCAACUGUGUAGUAUCUUUUGUCUUUCGCGCCCUUCUCGCCCUUCUCAGUCCCUUUGUCUACCAAGCCGCCAUACCGGUUUAGCCCACUAGGGCACAUCCCCUAUCAUUUCAUUGUAACCAUACCUACUGUUUGUUUGUUAUGCAUUUCAAUGAUAAUUUAGUUAGUUAGUAAAUAAAUUAUUAAGACGAUUGAUGUAUGGAUGAUUCAUAGUGAAGGCUGGGUUCAUGCAGAUAACCAACAAUUUA